AUGAGUGAAGUAGCACACUCUAACGUCGUCGUCAUCGGCGGAGGCAUAGUUGGAGCCUCCAUCGCCUGGCACUUGUCCUCCGAAACCAACGUCACUGUUAUAGCAGAAGAUAUCGGCGGCGUGGCAACACCCAACUCAUUCGCAUGGCUCAACGCCGCAUCGACAGACAAGAAGUUCUAUUAUGAUUUUCGUCUUCGCUCUAUGAAGCGCUGGAAGGAGAUUGAGCAAGUUUUCGACUCCCUUCCGAUUCACUGGGGAGGCACAACGACGUGGGAUAAAUCACCAGAGGAACUUGAGGCUGCAAAGAUCAACGCUUCAGCUUGGGGCUAUGAUGUUAUCCGUGUUGAUAAGACGGAAAUAUCAGAGAUUGAACCUCAUGUCGGAGAGAGGAUUCUGCCGGAAUGGGGUCUUGCGUACGCACAGGAGGGAGCUCUGGAAGCGGAGAUAGCGGCUCGUCAGAUGAUUUCUCAGGUUGAAGAACGAAACGGAAAAGUUAUCGAGACAAAGGUGAAAGGCUUCAAAAAGACUGAAGGUCGUGUCAGCGGUGUUGUUUUGGAUUCUGGGGAGACUCUUACUGCUGAUCAUGUCGUCGUCGCUGCUGGUCUGGGAAGCGUCGCAUUGCUCGCGUCAGAAAACAUCAAACUACCCCUCGAAAGCUCAGAAGGUCUUUUGGUCAACACAAAACCAACCUCUAAGAAACUAAUCAACGGCAUAAUCAACGCCCCAGAGCUUCACAUCCGCCAAACAGUCCAAGGCGCCCUUCGUUUUGGAUCCAGCUACUCAGGCGGCGACCUCGGCGACGACGUGGAAAAAGUAGCUCUCGAACUAUUUGCCAAACUUCAAAAGUCAGUUAUCGGCGGAGAAGAACUACAGUAUAGCCACUAUACCGUCGGUCAUCGAGUUUUGCCAGAAGAUGGUCUGCCUAUUCUUGGAGACACGGGUUUGGAGGGGUUGAGUGUUGCUGUUAUGCACUCGGGUGUGACGAAUGGUGCUCUUGUCGGUGAGCUUUUGAGUAAGAUGAUUUUGACGGGGGAGAAGGAUCCUAUUUUGGAUAACUUUGGACUUGAUCGAUUCAAAUAA